AUGCAUUUCUCUACCUCUACCGCCGCUCUUCUUACCCUCUUGGGUUCCGCUGCUGCGCAGAAUGUCCACGUCGUUUCAGUGGGCUCUCCCAACGGCACUCUUAUUUUCAGCCCGGACAACAUUAAGGCGGAUGUUGGUGAUAUGAUUCAGUUCCAGUUCCGAGGUGGCAAUCACAGUGUAGCGCAGUCCAACUUCGAUAACCCCUGCACACCUAUUUCCGACCACACCAACCAGACCGGCAUUUUCUCUGGCUACCAACCUGUGGCUGCCAGCAAAGCCAUGGGCAUGAUCCCCACAUACACUGUCAAGGUCUCAGCCAAGACGCCCCUGUGGUUUUACUGCUCUCAGGGCAAGCACUGCCAAAACGGAAUGGUUAUGGUAGUCAACGAGAACACUUCGGCAAAUGCCACACGAAGUCUGUCAAACUUCAAGGAUAUUGCUAAGGGAGCUGCCGCCAAUAUUGCCCCCUCAACAACUACUGGUGGUUCCGCUGGCAAUGGUACCUCUUCUGGCGGUUCGGAAUCUGGUUCAGGCUCAGGCUCAGGAUCCGAUUCAGGAUCUGGCUCCGGUUCCGGUACCGACUCUGGAUCCGGUACUGGCUCUGGUUCAGACUCUGGCUCUGGAUCUGGUACAGAUUCCACAGCUACAGAAUCCUCAGCUCCUGUAGCAUCGGCUACCUCCAGCACCUCUGCAAUCCCGACCGCUGCCGCAAACAUCGUUGGUGCUUCCAGCUCAAUGGGUCUCCUUGGUCUGGUUGCUGCCCUAUUUAUGCUAUGA